ACAACUUAAUCAUUAUUUUCUGUAUAAUUUUUUAAAGACUGUUUUUAUGUCUCCUUCUUUAAAACAUUUAAAAACGUUCCACUAACCAUCCUCGUCAUCCAUAAAUUCCAAAUAACCGAUUACUGUGAGGAUAAACGAUAGAAUCAAUUACACCGCAAAGGUAACCCUAGUUUAAUCGGACAUGUGUUUGCAAAUACAACUGCAACUAUGAAAGAACUCAAAUGGCUGGCUAUUUGCAUAACAUUAUACGCUGCCGCUGGAUCGGCACAAGAGGAGACCGACUACUGUGCGGAGCUCUCUACCCAAUCCUUGAGUAAAAUUCUGGGACAGGCCUUCAAUCCACGUUACAUGAGCAUCGAUCCGCCUGGUGAGCCCGAAGAGAAGAGCUACCAGCUGGGCUACAAGCGAUCAUCGUACGAGUUGCCCUUCUACGCUGACAGCGAUGUAAUCUCCGUGAGCAACUUCGCCGCCUGGGAAACAAACCACUUUGCUGUGGUGGGAAAAAAGGAGACCCCAAAGAGCAAGAGUCUACGGACAAGAAGCGUCUUUAUGGACCGUGUGAGUCAUUCACGGAUCGAUGGAUUCAAGCAGCGUCCCUGGGAGUGCUCGUCGAGGAUUAACUGGAUUGACUUAGGCUUAAAUUACUUUCCACGCUAUAUCCGUUCCAUCGAGUGUAUUGCCAAAAAAUGUUGGUACGAUCACUUUAAUUGCAAGCCAAAAUCAUUUACAAUAAAAGUUCUGCGCCGUAAAACUGGCUCAUGCAUUCGAAUAAACGAUAAAUUGAUUUUGAUCACCGCUGAGAAAUUUAAGAAUGAUUAUACGCAGCUAUGGAUUUGGGAGGAAAUAGCAGUUAACUUUUGCUGUGAAUGUGUCAUGCUAUAUUGAUAGCGCCAUUUAAUCAAAAUCAAUUAAUAUACACAUUUAAAAUUUCAACAAAAAACUUUAAUAGCAUUGGGAAUAACAGAUACCUUAAUGGGUCUAGCAUCAUACUCCUCCCCAUCAAUGGAAUAGAACGUAUCAGCCGCCAGUUCGCCGGUCGGAUAAAGUUGGAUUGUCCGGCUCUUUAAAACUAAAUUCGGCAAUACGUUACUAUCAGUGAUUUCAGGUA